AUGAUGCACGCAAAGAAGGGCCUGGUGCCCCCUGCUGCCUCGAGGAGACAGCUGUACAGCACUUGGGGAGUUGAGGCGCCGCUGAGGGCCGCCAUAGCCAAAGACAUCCCCAUGGCGGAGUUGUUUGAGGAGCUCGUUGCCUUGGGGGCCCCUCCUGCUCGCUCUGCUGCCUUUCUCGUCAGUGGCCUUCAGACAGCCCUCCGCGGUGUCUCCCCUUUGGGCCCUAUCUCCGCGGAGGCCCUGGCCCCCGCUCUACGCGCGGCAGAUAGGGGGACACUAACUAACAGGGCGCUGCGCCUAUACGCCGCUGCUCUCUCUCGAGGGGACCCGGACGCGAAGAGACUGCUGACAGACGAUAGAUCGCAAGAGGAGAUGGAGACUCGCGCUGCAGAGGAUCUAAGGCAACUCUUAAAACAGCAGCGAAAGCAGCAACCAGGGGCUCUAGUCGGCGCUCUGCUGUCUAUACACCCCAAGCUCUGCCCUCUGAAUGCCCGAAGGCUUGUAGAGGAGGCUCUCUCUAGUCAGCAGCAGCACACUGCUGCUAGCAGCAGCUAG